AUGGAUCAAUUCACUUCCACCAUCGGUUCUACUCAGUUUAUUAAUUACAUACCUCCUUCUUCCCAAGAUAAUAUAAUUUCUCGAACUCAACAAGCCAAUACUUCAAAUAAAUUUAAAACUAUAGAUUAUGAAUCGGAUUAUAGUGAACCAAUUCCAAGUAGUAAAUUUUGGUCGGAUUCUGAGACGAGAGCCCUAAUCUCUUAUCUAGCAGACAAUUUUGAUUUGUACCGUAAAAAUAAAUCAAAAUUUUAUGGCAUGGCUGCGAAUAAAAUUGGUAAUAAUAGAACUAGCGCUCAAGUAAACUCGAAAAUUCAGUCACUUAGAGAAAAUGUAAAACCGGAUUACUUGACAUCCAGUAUUGACAUGGAUGAUGAAUAUGAUAAUUACGAUAAGGUUUCAAGUCAUAAAAAGCGAAAAAUUUCUGAAGUUGAUCAAAUGUAUUUUGACGAAUUAAGAUC